AUGAGCGGCAGCUCAUUUACAAGGUCAAGGAGAACAGAUGUAGAUUAUGACAUCACUUUCAAAAGUGUAAAUACAGAAGCUGAAAAAUUUAAUCCUCUUGACAUGGAAGCAGAAAUGGAUAUCAGAAGCUUUGAAAUUCAAGAUAACCAGAAUACAGUUAAAGACUUGAAGAAGAACAAGAAAAAUGAAUGGAAAGAAGUGAAAAAACAUAAAGGCAAAUAUGCUAAGAAACCUGAUAUCAUUAAAAAACCAAAUGAAGAAGAGGAUAACAAGUCUAUUACAUCUUAUAACUCAAAAGAUGACUACCAGUUAGCUUGGAGAAAGACACUUAACAUACCCAAAUAUAAAAUUUGGACCUCUGCACAUAAAAUUUUUGAUCAAAUAGCAGAUAAUUUUAAAUCAUAUGGAGAAUUUGUAGCAAGAGUCAUUGGUCCCUCCUAUAAUAUGACAGCCAGAGAAUUAUUUCUUCAAGUAGUAAAACUAGGAGCAAAAACUUAUUACUUCCCUCAUACCAGGAAUAAUAGAAAAAAAAAUGAAGCAAUCAUUUCUUUUACUCUUAAGGAAGAAUAUGAUAAUGUCAUAGAAUUUAAAUGGGAAACAGCUAACUAUAGAUUGUUGAUAUCAAAACUAAAACCUACUAUAGAUACCAAGCCACAGAUUAUCUUGCAAUUACCUAUCCAAGGACGAUUAAAGAUUGAGAAUUCCAAACUAAGGCUACUGAAAAAAUAG